CGAAAUACUACGAUGACCUUUACGUCCCUAUUUAGCACACGAUAUAUUACACUGACAUCAAGAGCUUAUCAUAUAUUGUUGGUAACCAAUGCUCCACUGGCACAGAAAGAAGACGGAUAUAGCAGUCGGUUGAUUGGACCGGCUUUUUCAACCCCACGGGGAUGCUCGCAGGCUAUAAUCGAGCAGACCCCACCAUGGUUAAUGUUGACCCAGGCGAGUUCAAAAAAAAUAUAUUGCAGGUCAGGGUCUUCAUACGCCGGCAGUUGUAUGUGAUAUCGACGAUGCCUUAGACUGGUUGAUAUCCGCAACGAAGUAGUGUUGAACCAGGUCUGGUCUGCGUUUGUCGCGAGCAAGAACUCCAACGCAACCGAAGACUAAGCCUCAUGGGAUCGACAAUGCAUGGAAGACCCUAUUGUUCUAUUAUUGUGAUUAAAUCAAAUUGCGAACCAGAUAAGACCCUGGUACCAAAAUGAAUAAAAACACUACACCCGCCGCAAUCAUCGGCCUGCGGCCUUUACCUGUACCCCUAUCCCCAUUCUUAGGACGAUCGCCGCAUAGUUGACUUGAAGCCAAGGACAAAGAUGCAGCUGACCUCUCUCGUCGCGCUGGCAUUAGCCGCGCCUACAAGCGCGCUUAUUCGUUUCUCAUGCUCUCAGCUCGUCAUCGAUCGGAUUGACCCCCUGGUCAACCCCGGAAUGGUGCCAUCUCCCCAUCUUCACCAGAUCAUUGGUGGGAACUCGUUGAACGUAACGAUGGAUCCUGCCAAGAACAUGCCUGACGAGUCGACUUGCACUAGUUGUCAGUUUACGGAGGACACCUCCAACUACUGGACCGCCGUACUCUUCUACAAGGCUCGGAAUGGUACCUUCAAGCGUGUCCCCAUCCGACCCAACGCCGGCUUCGAUGGAGCCGACGGUGGCAUGACCGUUUACUACAUGCAGAACGGUUUAGGUGACUACCAGCAGCGGUCUAAAGUCACAGCCUUCAAGCCUGGGUUCCGAAUGCUUAUUGGGGAUGUAAUGGCCCGAAAUGCCGAACAGGCCGAGAAGUAUAGACAGGUCACCUACACUUGCCUGCAAGACAUGGGCACUCGAUACCCCGAGACAAAGAAUCUCCCCAACAAGCCAUGCCCGGCUGGUAUUAUGGCAAACAUCCGAUUCCCAACAUGCUGGGACGGCAAAAACCUCGACAGUCCGGACCACAUGAGCCACAUGUCGUAUCCGGCUAACGGUACUUUCGAAUCGCAAGGUGCCUGCCCUGAGACUCAUCCCGUUCCCGUCCCUCAACUCAUGUAUGAGGUUGUAUGGGACACCCGUGAGUUCAACAACCCCGACGACUGGCCGGAGGAUGGCACUCAGCCGUUUGUCUGGAGUAUGGGUGACCAAACUGGAUAUGGUAGCCAUGGCGACUAUCUAUUCGGCUGGAAGGGCGACGCUCUGCAGAGGACGAUGGACACCCCUUGUUAUGUGACCUGCCCGACUUUGACGACCCAAUCCAUUGCCAACCAGAACAAGUGCAAGAUUGAUAGAACCGUGAAGGAGGACAUCGACUCUUGGCUAACCGAGAUCCCCGGGGGUCAGCAGCUCGUUUUAAGUGGAUUCAAGCUUAUUCCAGUCGGAUUCAUAUCAUCAUAUUCGUUAGCUCAAACAGGGGUUGAGGAAUUUUUAGAGGGCCUCGAACAAGGCACGUCGCAGGAAAUCACCGUAGCGAUUUGA